AUGCUACGUAAUGGCGGUGGCCACACAGCGGGCCCUACUUCCUCGUCGUCAUCAUCCUAUGCAGCUCGGGGAGAGGCAUGCUUCCAGAGAAUGGAUAAAUGCAAUGCUGAAGUGCUGGCACUGCUGUAUGGUGCCACAGUGAGGCAGUUGUUGGUGGAUUUUGAAGGCGACUUUGAUAAGGUUAACAAAGAGCUGUACAGGAUGGGUACCGAUAUCGGCGCUAGACUGCUUGAUGAGUUCCUCAUCAAGAGUAGAGCACCUCCUUGUCAGGACUUCAGAGACGCGUGUGAGGUUAUGAGCAAAGUUGCAUUGAAGAUGUAUCUUGGGGUAACAGGAGACUGUGUCGAUUGGGACAACAGUACAGAGGGAAGGAAGUGCCGUUUGGUGCUCCCAGUGAACCCACUUAAUGACUUUGUAGAGCUGCCAAUGGAGCUGAGGCGUCCGACAGCAACAACAACAGCAGCAGGAGGCACUGACCACCCUGGGCCUAUCUUGUACUACAGCAACAUACUGUGUGGUGUCAUAGCUGGUGCGAUGGAGCAACUAAGGAUAAACGUUGCUGUCCAGUUUGAGAGUGACGUUUUACUCGGGGACGAGACAUCGGUGAUCAGUCUUGAACUUCUGGAGGUAAAGACGGAGAUGCCGAGGCUGGGAAUCGAACCCACGACUAUCUUCGUUCAGAUUAUCACCGAUGAUAUCCACGAAGACUCUGAUAGUGACGCUGAGUAG